AUGAAUCUCAGAAACGUCAAAGGUAGAUUACUCUACCGCAUAAUGAGUAUAUGUUGUUCCUUGUCAUUCUGUAUGUAUGGAUACGAUGCUGGUGUCUUAGGCGGUGUCCAGACAACCAAGCCCUUCCUCGACGCCAUCGGUCACCCGACAGGAACAUAUGUCAUCCCCAUGAUUGCGUCUUCAUACACACUUGCCGCUGCCGUCUGCUCUCUUGCAGUUACAAUGCUCGGUAUGCCUCUUGGUCGACGCGGCUGCAUCUUGAUGGGCGACGGCUUGACCAUCAUCGGCGCCGCGAUCCAAGCCUCAGCCAUGUCGGUCCCACACAUUAUCGUCGGACGCAUAAUUACUGGCUUCGGCAUAGGCUUUAUUAGCUGUUCUGUUCCGACUUACAUGGCAGAAAUGAGUAUAGACGAGAAGGAGCGUGGGCCCGAGGUGGCGCUCCAGUGUGUGUGGCUCAUCUCUGGUGUUGCGCUAGCAUACUGGGUCGAUUUCGGAUUCACGCGGCUCACCAGCCAGGUGUCUUGGCGGUUCCCCAUUGCUUUUCAAGCCAUCUUCGCAAUCAUUUCGCUCUGCGGUCUGCUCUUUUUGCCAGACACCCCUCGAUGGUAUUACGCCAAAGGAAGGACGGCCGAAGGGGACGAUGUGGUGUCGCGUCUUCACGACCGGCCGCUGGACGAUCCACAGGUUCAAGCGAUGCGGAACGAGAUUCUCGCGGCAAUCAAGCUGGAGGAACAGGAUGAGAACAAGUUCAACCCACUUGAUUUGAUCUGGGACAGAAGCGAUUUGAGAGCUGGAAGGCGCAUCAGAAUUUCAUUCAUGAUACUGUCGCUACAGCAAAUGAUGGCGCUGAGAGGUUAUAUACUCCAGACCAAGGCUAACAUCCAGGUGGGACCAUCAGGCAUCAAUCUGUCCGUGUAUUACUCGACGGUGAUUUUCGACAAAGUCGGCCUAUCCCCGUUCCUGUCGCAACUCCUCGCCGCAGUGAUGAACACAGGGUUCGCAGCCGGCACGUUCCCACUCCCGUGGACGAUCGAGCGAGUCGGGCGGCGCAACGUGCUGAUCUGGUCCGCGGCCGUCCUGACCGUGUGCAUGAUCAUCUUCGUCGCAAUGAUCGGGCUCCCGAACCCCACACAAGCCACGCAAUGGGUCGCCGUGGGCGCCAUCGUCGUGUACAACUUCGCGUUCGGCUAUGGGUGGAUCGGCGUGCCCUGGCUGUACGGGCCGGAGAUCGCGCCCCUGAAGCUCCGCCACCUGGGCGGCGCGGCCGGCGCGUUCGGCGAGUGGCUGUUCAGCUUCAUCACCGUGUUCGCGGGCGGCAUCGCGCUGCAGAACGUCGGCUGGAAGAUCUGGCUGUGGAUGCUGCUCAGCUGCGCCGCGGCCAUUCCGUUCGUCUACUUUCUGUGUCCCGAGACGACGGGCAAGACCCUUGAGGAAAUCGAUCUCAUCUUCGCUAAGGACGAGAUUCGCGAUAGUGCCUUGGCCGCCGGCACCGUCAGGGACCGCUUCAACCACAUGCGUGCCGUCAAGGAUGUCGGCUAUGAAGAGAAAGAGGCCGUUUGA